CAUUAUCUAGGGAGUAGAAAUGGUUAAACAUUAGCCAGUAAGUAGGAAUGGUUAACCACCAGAAUGGGAGUGCCACCUGUUAGCCAGUAGACAGGAAUUUGAUAUAUAAUGUUUACCACCUUCCCCUUUAGGGCACUGGAAGAUUCAGGACGUGCUUAGGCAGAGGAGUGGCAAGCCAUGAGUUCCAAACAGCAGUUUGUCAAACUAAAUGAUGGCCACUUCAUUCCUGCUCUGGGUUUUGGCACCUAUAAACCCCAAGAGGUUCCCAAGAGUAAGUCACUGGAAGCUGCAAACCUAGCUAUAGGUGUUGGAUUACGCCAUAUUGAUACUGCUUUUGUGUAUCAAGUAGAAGAGGAGGUAGGACAGGCCAUUCAAAGCACAAUUAAAGCUGGCAUUGUAAAGAGAGAAGACAUGUUCAUCACUACAAAGCUUUGGUGCACUUGUUUUCGGCCAGAGCUGGUCCAGCCUAGUUUGGAAAAAUCACUGAAAAGACUUCAACUGGACUAUGUUGAUCUUUACCUUAUGCAUUUCCCAGUGCCCAUGAUGCCAGGGGAUGAUGAUUUUCCAAAAGAUGACCAAGGAAAAGUACUACUGGACACAGUGGAUUUCUGUGUCACGUGGGAGGCAUUGGAGAAGUGUAAGGAUGCAGGAUUGGUCAAGUCUAUUGGGGUGUCCAACUUUAACCACAAGCAGUUAGAGAGAAUCCUGAAUAAGCCAGGACUUAAGUACAAGCCUGUCUGCAAUCAGGUUGAAUGUCAUCUUUAUUUAAACCAGAGUAAGCUGCUGGAUUACUGCAAAUCAAAAGACAUUGUUCUCGUUGCUUAUGGUGCUCUGGGAACACAACGAUAUAAAGAAUGGGUGGACCAGAACUCUCCAGUUCUCUUGAAUGAUCCAGUUCUUUGUGAUGUGGCCAAAAAGAACAAGCGAAGCCCUGCCCUGAUUGCACUUCGAUACCUGCUUCAGCGUGGGGUUGUGCCCCUGGCCCAGAGUUUCAAAGAAAAUGAGAUGAAAGAGAAUUUGCAGAUUUUUGAAUUCCAGUUGUCUCCUGAGGAUAUGAAAACCCUAGAUGGCCUGAACAAAAAUUUUCGAUAUCUUGCAGCUGAGAUUUUUGUGGAACACCCUGAAUAUCCAUAUUCUGAGGAAUAUUAACACCGAGACCUAAUCAUGGCUAUGACUCUGACUGAAGUUAUGGUGUGUGGACAGUGAUGUUGGUGAUGGGACUCAGAUGCUGUUUGGUGGAUGCCUCAUUUCCUGUCAAUCUAGGCUGCUUAGCAACUCUCACAUUCAGCUGAAACUCCGGCUAACAGUCUUGAAAAAAGGGGAUUUAAUUUUCAUGAUG